UGAGAUAUAAAUUAGUUUUUAGCAUUUCCUGGACAAAACUCUGCUAAUUAAAGAGUAAUGAACAGUCUGGGACUAUUAAUUCAAACUAAUCAGUUAGAUUAUCAAAGGUCACUCCUCUGAUUUGGACUAGGAAUAUAAUACAGGAAGGCUGUGCCUUCUAGUUUCUGGCCACAUUCCCAUUUCAGGUAAGUUUUUUGUGAUUGUGUAUCAUUUCUAAAGGGCAUAUCUUGAUGUGAGAAAGAGCUCACUGGGUUGGGCUUGGUUAUUUGCAUAGAUGCAGCAUGGAUAUCAAUUAAACAUAAUCAUCUCCUUGACUUUGAUCUAUAAAAUGAAGACUUUGCCAUCAGUUCCUAUCCUGUUUUCAGACCUCAUUCUAAGCCACCGCAGAAGAGCAACUAACAAGAAAUUUAAAACUAACCAACUAUAUUGGUUAAUUUUCAUCUUGUCCUUACAGAAACAACUGUGAUGUUUUUUUUUCCCCUCAGUUUCAGAGGACAUAAUCCAUCAUGGUCACGGGAAGAUCCAUCAUCAGGUCACAUUGCAUGUGUAAUUGGGAAGCACUGAGAGAUGAAUGCUUGUGCUCAUUUGAUUUCAGUUUUACCACUUUUUGCUCAGUCCUCUACAACAGCCCAUGGCAUGGUGCUGCUGCCCUCAGUGAAAGAAGGUCUUCAGUUCAAUUGCACAGACAUGGCCCGUUGUUGUGUUUCCUCAUAGAUUCUAGACCCAAUAACUGGAGAAGGAAUGUUAUUCAUCACUCCAACACCCAGUUUUCCAAGGAUUUGAAGUGGUACAUGGAAUGAGGGAAUAGACACAGAAAUUUCCAAUACUGAAUCUGGAGAACUUUAACUGUGAAAUGAUGUCACACUACUUCCAUCCAGAGACUACACAAUGAAUCCCAAAUACUUUCUCCCAUACAUAUAACUUGUAGAUAUGACUGAGUUCUUCUUUUCCUUUGCUCCUCUAAUUUUUUUUCCCAAGAUCUGACCACCUUAGGUCAUAUGGGUUAAAGCCAGGCUUUCUAUUGUUAGAUUCAAGGCUGUCUGUGAGAGUGUGUCACAACCAAUUAAAUGAGAAUCAUUAUCUAAGAUGUUCUAGUAGAUGCUAAAUCAAUUGAAUCCAGAUAAAAUAGGAAGGUAGUCAGACUUUGUUGAAUGUAAACCUGGGGGUGGGUAUGACCAUUUCAAUACUUUUAGUUUUUCUGUCAAGAAGGUGUUCUAACUUUUUAUUUUUUUAUUUUUUAUUUUUUUAUAAAAAUCUAGUGGAUGAUAUGGAUGCAGGCAGAAGGUGAAGCAGGGUGUAUUCUGUCCACGUAGGAAAUCCUCACAAGUUUGACAAAUCCUGCUCUCUCAUUAGGAUUUAAUGGACUACUAGAUCUAUCACUACCAUCCAUUGAAGAUCAGACCCCAGAGCUGAGCUAAUAUCGUUGUGUCUCCACUCAAACCUGCUGAGGCCAGAGACAAUUCCUUGGAGAAAUGGAGCCAGACAUCUCACAAGCCUUCCAGAAAGAACUCACCUGCUUCAUCUGCCUGAGCUGCCUGACAGACCCAGUCACCAUAAGCUGUGGCCACAGCUUCUGUCGAGCCUGCCUCCACCUUUCCUGGGAAGACAUCCAACCUCCUGUCCAAUGUCCUAUGUGUAGGGAACCAUCACAGAAGGACUUGAGAACCAACAUUGUUCUGAAGAAGCUGGUGUCCAUUACCAGACAAGCCAGCCUCAUGAAGGACCUGAGCUCUGAGGAGCAAAAGUGUGUGACCCACAAAGAGACAAAGAGGAUCUUCUGUGCUGAGAAGAGGAUCUUCCUCUGUCCACUCUGCUCUAACUCCCAUGAGCACAGAGGACACAGACACUGUCCCAUUGAAGCAGCUGCUGAGGAGCAAAUGGAACAACUUCUAAAGCAAAUGGCAUCUUUAUGGGAGAAGAUCCUAGAAAAUCAAGAGAAUAUAGAGGCAGAGAACAGAAUGACAACUCAGUGGAUGGACUACUUGACUCUCCGGGAAGAAAUGAUCAGGACAGAGUAUAGGAAACUGCAUCCAUUCCUCUUUACAGAGGAAGAGAAACAUAUUGAGUCUAUGAGACAUGAAGGCCAAUGUGUUUUAGAGAAACUCAGGACAAGUGAAGCCAUGAUGGUUCAAAGGAGCAAACAACUAAGAGAAAUCUAUCAGGAGCUGAUGGCAAUGUCCCAGGAGCCAUAUGUGGUCCUGCUGCAGGGUUUGGAUGACAUGUAUAGAAGGAAUGAGUCAAUGCAGCUGAGCAUGUCCCAGGCUGUGAAACCAGAACUCAAUGCCCUACCCAUCACUGGACUGAUUGAAAAUUACAACCAAUUUCAAGUGCACAUCUUCUUUGAAAAUAUAAUUGUAUUCUAUUACAAGACGAACCUGUUUAAUGUUAUGAGAAGAUUCAUCUUCAGACCUCAUCAUAAGGAUACAUCUGUGAAUUCUGUUGGAUCCUACUUGGCUUCCUGGGGAUCACAGAGCUUCAUCUCAGGGAAAUAUUACUGGGAGCUAGAUUUGAAGGAAUCUUGCGAAUGGGCUGUGGGGGUCUGUAAGGAUUCCUGGUUAAGGAGUAGAAAGCAAAUGAAUGAAUCUGAAGGUGCAUUUCUUCUUGUGUGUGUGAAGGAGGGUAAUCAUUGCAGUCUCCUCACCACAUGCCCAUUAUUCCAGCACUAUAUAGAGAGGCCACUGUGCCGAAUUGGUGUGUUCCUUGAUUAUGAGGAUGGAUGUUUAAGUUUCCUGGAUGUUGCCAAGAGUUCCCUCAUUUACAGGUACCCUCCUGGAACCUUCAAUUAUCCUGUCAAGCCUUAUUUCUCCAGGGGUCACACAUGAGCAUAUUAAGCUGUAAUCCCUGUCUUUGCUUUCCCAGUGAUGAGAUUAAAGACUUAAUGUCACCAACACAAGAAAGAUCCCCCUCUCUUUAUUUGGGUUGUUGGUUCAAGUCUGCAUUUCUCUUUGAAACCUUGGCUGUUCUAGAACUUGAACUAUAGACCAGGCUGGUUUCAGACUCACAGAGAUCUGUCCACUCUGCCUCCCAAUUCCUAAGAUGAAAGCAGUGCAAAUCCACCGCUGGCCCAUAGUUCUUUUUCUUUUUUAUUAAGACAUUUUUCAUUCAUUUUACACGCCAAUCAAAGAUCCUCCUCUUCCCUCCUCACUACCCAGCCUUCUCUCAAACCACCCCCCAGUAUUCCCCCAAGAAGGCAAGGCCUCCCAUGGGGAGGCACAUCCAGUGGAGGCAAGUUCAAGCCCUUCCUUUGCCUCAAGGGUUCACCAGAUGUCCCAUCAUAGGUAGUGGGCUCCAAAAAGCCUGC